GGACACUGGACCUGCGCCGGAAGUCGGGAAGGCUCCUUCCAGCCCUGGAAAAAGUGAGAGUUGAAUUUGCCCAGCUUGUCCUGUGUCCUGGUUCCCGUUACUCUGGUCACCUUGGGAAGAAAUGUCUUCUUUGAAAAGAAAUCCAAAAUGGGAAAUCAUUUCUGAGCUUCAUAGUUCAGCUGCAGAAGGCAAUAUUGCCAAGUUAACAGGAAUACUCAGUCAUUCUCCAUCUCUUCUCAAUGAAACUUCUGAAAAUGGUUGGACUGCUUUAAUGUAUGCUGCAAGGAAUGGGCAUCCUGACAUUGUCCGAUACCUGCUUGAGAAAGGGUGUGACAGAUCACUUAUCAAUAAGUCAAGGCAAACUGCACUGGAUAUUGCUAUAUUUUGGGGUUAUAAGCAUAUAGCUAACUUACUAGCUAAUGCUAAAGGUGGGAAGAAGCCUUGGUUCCUAACCAGUGAAGUAGACGAAUGUGAAAAUUAUUUUAGCAGAACACUAUUGGAUCGGAAAAGUGAAAAAAGAAAUAAUUCUGACUGGUUGCAAGCUAAAGAGAGCCACCCAGCCACGGUUUAUAUCCUUUUCUCAGAUUUAAAUCCCUUGGUCACUCUAGGUGGCAAUAAAGAAAGUUCCCAACAGCCAGAAGUCAGGCUAUGUCAGCUGAACCACACAGAUAUAAAGGAUUACUUGGCUCAGCCUGAGAAGAUCACCUUGAUCUUCCUUGGAGUAGAACUUGAAAUGAAAAAAGAUUUGCAUAAUUAUGCAGGAGGAGUCCCAACAGAAGAAGAAGAUGGGUUGGUUGCCUGGUUUGCUCUAGGUAUAGAUCCUGUUACUGCUGAAGAAUUUAAGCGAAGACAUGAAAAUUGUUAUUUCCUGCAUCCUCCAAUGCCAGCUCUUCUGCAAUUGAAAGAAAAAGAAGCUGGGAUUGUAGCUCAAGCCAGAUCUGUUCUUGCAUGGCAUAGUCGAUAUAAGUUCUGCCCAACCUGUGGAAGUGCAACUAAGAUUGAAGAAGGUGGCUACAAAAGAGUAUGUUUAAAGGAAGGCUGCCCUAGUCUCCAAGGUGUCCAUAACACUUCUUAUCCAAGAGUUGAUCCAGUAGUAAUCAUGCAGGUUAUCCACCCAGAUGGAACCAAAUGUCUUUUAGGCAGGCAGAAGAGAUUCCCCCCAGGCAUGUUUACUUGUCUUGCUGGAUUUAUUGAACCUGGGGAAACAAUAGAAGAUGCUGUUCGAAGAGAAGUAGAAGAGGAAAGUGGAGUCAAAGUUGGCCAUGUUCAGUAUGUCUCUUGUCAGCCAUGGCCAAUGCCCUCCUCCUUAAUGAUUGGUUGUUUAGCUGUGGCAGUGUCUACAGAAAUUAAAGUUGACAAGAAUGAAAUAGAGGAUGCCCGCUGGUUCACUAGAGAACAGGUUGUGGAUGUUCUUACCAAAGGGAAGCAGCAAGCAUUCUUUGUGCCACCAAGCCGAGCUAUUGCUCAUCAGUUAAUCAAACACUGGGUUGGAAUGAACCCCAAUCUCUGAAUGAAAGAACUAGCCUCUAUUGCCUCUGUUUGCGAAUCACGUAAUUCUAACUACCACUUAUUUUGCAAGCAAGAUUAGAAAUAUUUAUUGAUCUUUAAAAAUCUCUUAACAUAAAAUUUGUUGGGCUUCUAAAAUA